CAUCUGUAGUAAAGUUGACCAAGAGGCCACUCCUUACGAGCAAGGGAGGGAAACAAGAAAACGCAGAGCCGCGCACAAUUUGUACUUUUUCCACGUUUGGCUGUUUUCUGCGUUUCAGUAAUUGGCUGGAAACGUGCGGUGUUGAGUUUAAGUCCACAUUUAGUGCUCGGAGAUUUAACAGAGCUGGUAUCCACAACACGUUCCUGAAGAUGGGACCUUUCCUCUAAGGAGGGCUUGUUUCACGGAUUUGGGAUGAUGGCUUUGUAGCACCCCAGUUUCCUGUAAAUACUCCAAAGAAGUUAUCCAGUCAGUGUGCAGUCUCACUGGAGAACCAUCUGACCAUGGGUCCCCUCACUACGCCUAAAAAAGGAAGGGAAGCAUGUUCUGUUGAUCCCUGGACGCCGACUUCCAACCUUAAAAUGCUCAUCAGUGCUGCUAGUCCUGAUAUCAGGAACCGAGAGAAGGAGCUGUGCAUGGACAACGACGGGCGGGACGGUCUUGACCCUUCACAGGACAGUGAAAAUGGAGACGAGUCAGAGAAAAUGAUCAGCAGGAAAGACAAGAGUCUGGGUUUGCUCUGUCAUAAGUUCCUUGCCCGCUACCCAGAUUACCCAAACCCUGCCCUCAAUAAUGACAUCUGCCUGGAUGAUGUGGCCACUGAACUCAGUGUAGAACGUAGGCGCAUCUACGACAUCAUGAACGUGCUGGAGAGCCUGCACAUGGUGAGCCGUUCGGCCAAGAACCGCUACACAUGGCACGGCCGGACCAAACUGGCUCAGACGCUAGCCAUUUUGAAGCAGGUGGGCGAGGAGCAUAGGUACGGCCAGCAGAUGUUGCACAUCCGGCAGCGCCUCCUGGACAAGGAGUUUGACUUUGAUGGGGAGGAGAAGGAGAACGAGGAGGUGGUGGAACUGGAGAGCGGGGAGCAGGGACAGAAGGAGCUCUUCUUUGUGGAGCUUCCAGGAGUAGAGUUCAAAGCAGCCUCUGUGAACAGUCGGAAGGACAAAUCUCUACGGGUGAUGAGCCAGAAGUUUGUCAUGCUCUUCCUGGUGUCUAAUCCUCGUGUGGUCAGUCUGGAUGUGGCCGCCAAGAUCCUGAUCGGAGAGGACCAGGUCGCAGAUCAGGACAAGAACAAGUUUAAGACCAAAGUGCGCCGGCUGUAUGAUAUCGCCAAUGUGCUGCGGAGCCUGAAGCUCAUCGAGAAAGUCCACGUAACGGAAGAGAGGGGGAGGAAACCAGCCUUUGAAUGGGUUGGCCCCGAUGAAUUCCCACAAGUCAAAGACUUGGAAAACACUGCAUCCGAAUUACCCCCCAAGAAGAAAUGUGUACUGGAGUCCCGUGCGUCUGUAAACAACUGUGCCAAAAACCUAUUUUCAUCCCCUGGUGGCAAACGCAGCUUCACCCGGCACCCCUCCCUCAUAAAGCUAGCUAAGAGCAUUCAGGAGGACCGUCGAAAGAUCAAUUCUGCCCCGAGCAGUCCCGUGAAGAGUUCCCCCAGUGAUUCGUCAAACACAGACUUCCCAAACAAAAUGGCUCGACUUGCUGCUAUCUGUAAGAUUGAGCUUGACCAAAAGUCAUCGACCACAGCUGAGGAUCCAAAGCCUGCUGCUGUGAGGCUCGAGCCAACCUCCUCUGUUUCAAUGGAACCGCCUCAGGCACCGUUACUGACUCCGACCCAGGAGACUAGAGUCAACACUACUGUCCACCUCACCCCCCACACACCGCUGGCAUCCCUGCCUGCGGGCUCUGUUGCCUACAUCCCCACACAGUGUUCACCCCUGAUCCCCGUCCUGUUACCUCAGCAGCGGGGGAGCGGGCCCUACGCUGUGUAUUUGCGCCCUUCCUCCCCCAGGCCGAACCCUCUGGCCAGGCCGCAGCCGACCAGCCUUGCUGUACGAUCUAUGACCUUUGAGGAUAAGACCGGGCAGAGCCCGACAGGCCAGUAUGCAGCCAAGAACCUGCAGACCAUCAGGGCGUCAGACAUCAGCCCCUUGACGCUAAAGCGGCUGCGUUCGGAUUCAGCUUUGGAGAGCAGCCCCUCCAAAGCCAAGAGGACAGACCCCAACUUCAAGGACACCUCUCCAAAACUGUGUGAGAUCCUGCAGGCCCGUCUGAAAGCCCGUCGUGGCACUCAGCUCUCAAACCGGCCCUCACCUCGCGCCCUCCACCUGGAUCCUGAGUUUGUUAACACCCCUGGAGCUGCUGCAGCCAAUCCGACACUAGAACAGACCUUGGAGAACCUCCUGGACAAAGAGGAGAAGACGGCAAAUUCUGAUAGCGAGGCGGGAUUAACACCGGUCAGAGUCGUACCCCUCACGCCAGGACAACUCCAUGCCGAGACUUUAGUACCAGCCGGAUACCUGAUCCCAAUCUCCCAGCAGUCCCUCGUCAGUGAAAAGGAAAUUCAGGGUUUGGGGAGAGAAAGUAACAAGGCCUCAACUCCCACUUACAACAUCUACCAAACCCCAACUGCAGGUUCCAGACCUGACCUAGCCCAGGAGAUUACACCCACCAGCCUUCGUCUUCACAAACCCACUGCUGCCGCUUCGCCACACACCACCCAACAGCCCCACCGGCUCCACAGCCCCAGUCCUGCCAUCCUCAACUUCACCCUGCAGAACCUGGGUCUGAUCUCAGGCUCCAGCCCAGGAAACGCUUUUGCUGCCCCCCACACUCCGGAGUGUGGCAACACAAUUCCCAGCCCGCUGGCUCUGCAUCAGAGAGGCAUGGUUUUCAUCAAACCUGUGUCACCUGUGCCUCUGCAGCAGUCUGUAUCAGGGCAGCCAAUGACCCUGAUUAGUUUGCAACAGCCUCUGAUGACCACCCCCAAAGGGACAGGACUCCCCCAGCACAGCUUCUUCCACACGCCGGUACCCCUCUCGCCUCUGGCUGCCAUGGUAACCACCAAUGGACAACUGGGCACCAAAACUGUUUACAUCCCUCAGAGGAAGCUGGACGUUGCCACUGAGGACACUUGAAUUCCCUGAAAGAAACCCACUGAUGACUGUGUACAUUGUGUGUGUGUGUGGGUGUUUGU